AUGUACAAGAAUUCUUUCCCAACUUUGAUGCUGACUACCUAUCUCUUGAUCACAUUAGGGAAAGUGAACCAGAAGGGUGAUAGAAUUAGGCUUGAUGUUUACUCAGACCAUGAUGUGGACAGCCCUGUUUUUCUUGCAGAUGUGCCUACACUGCCCUGGCAUGAUUCUCAAGGAGACAAUAAAGGCCCAGGAGUUGAUGAGGUACAUAACAGCCCAAGAGUUGAUGAGGUAGUUAUGGAGGCUGAAGAUGGGCCAAUGGAGGAGCCUGGUUUGCAGGGUGAGGCCCAUUCUGAGAGUAUUGAGGUUGAGGUUGAGGCUGACAGUAUUGAGGUUAAGGCUGAGAAUAUUGAGGUUGAGGCUAAUGUGGGGAAUGAUGCUGAGGGAGGAAGUGAGUCUGAAAAUGUAGAGAGUUCAGAUUCUGAGGGGGCAGAUAAUAAGGUUGAGGGGUCAGAAGGUGAGGGGUCAGAUAAUGAGGUUGAGGGGUCAGAUAUUGAUGUUGAGGGGUCAAAUUCUGAAUCUGAUGAAGAGGGGUCAGAUUCUGAAUCUGUUGAAGAGGGGUCAGAGUCUGGUGGUUCAAAGGCAGAGGGUUCUAAUGCUGCUUCUGGGUCCAAGGUAGAGAGUUCAGAGUCUAGUGGUUGUGAGGGGGAUAAAUCAGAUGGAAAUCAAUCUACAUAUUUUUCUGAUUCUGAUUUGGGUUCAUAUGAGGUAGGAGGCAGUGGUAGUGAUGAAGGGACUGCAAAAAGAAGAAAAAGUGGCAAGAGGAAAUACAGUGAGAAAUCAACUUCCGAUCUGGCUGUUGGCAUGACAUUUGCUGAUGCAGUAGAGGUAAAGAAAGCCAUAGCUGAUGUGUCAGUGGUCAAUGGAAAGCCAAUUAAGUUUAUUAAGAAUGAACCCAAUAGAGUUAGGGUAGGCUGUUUUGAAAAGAACUGUCCAUUCUUGUUUUUUGCUGCUAGAUCCUCAAAGGAUGAAAGGAUGAUGAUUAUGACCCUAAAUUUGACUCAUAGAUGUGGUAGGAAGUUCCAAAAUAGGAGUGCAAGUGCUAGAUUUGUGGCUGACAAGGCAAAGAGAAAAGUGUUGACAGAACUAAACUCCAAUUACAAAGUUGAAUUUGCAAGAUUAGAUGCCUAUGCAGCUGAGAUCAGAAGAACUAAUCAUGGCAGUAGUGUUCAAGUUGAAGUCUGUCCAAUUAUGGAAAGAGAAGGCAGAAGAGUGUUUAGGAGGAUGUUUAUAUGCUUUGAGACUUGUAAGAGGGGAUGGUUGAAUGGCUGCAGACCCAUCAUAGGCAUGGAUGGCUGUUUUUUGAAAGGAGUAACCCAAGGUCAACUACUAUGUGCUGUUGGCAAGGAUGGUAACAACCAUAUGUACCCAAUUGCUAGAGCUAUUGUGGAUGUGGAGGACAAAGAUAAUUAG